AUGAGUUGGAUACUUAAAACAAUGUGCUUUGUCUAUAUAUGUGGAAAUAUAUUUUGUUUACUUAAGGAAAAAUGUAAGGACCCUGAGGCCAACAUGAAUAGUCAAAUUAUUUUCCUUUGGGGUUAUCCAUAUGAAGUAUAUGAUGUUUUUACUGAGGAUGGGUAUUUCCUUCAAGUUUAUCGAAUUCCUCAUGGGAAGAAUGAUUCUAGUAAUUUAGCCCAAAAGCCAGUAGUAUAUUUACAACAUGGUUUGCUUUUUACUGCUGGCAUUUGGAUUUGCAAUCUUCCCAACAACAGCCUAGGCUUCAUUCUGGCUGAUACUGGUUUUGAUGUGUAUGGAAACAGCAGAGGAAAUUGCUAGGCAAAGAGACACUUGCACCUUGACACAAAGUCUAAAGAAUUCUGGACUUUUAGCUAUGAUGAAAUGAUAAAAUAUGAUCUUUCUGCCACCAUUAAUUUCAUUGUGAAGAAAACAGGACAGAAGCAAAUUUACUAUGUGGGCCAUUCCCAGGGCACCCUGACAUCUGUUGGAGCAUUUGCAACAAAUCCACAACUGGCCCAAAAGAUUAAAAUCAAUUUUGCACUGGCUCCAGUUACUACUGUUAGAUAUAUAACAAGAGCUGUUUGUGGUUUUGCUUACAUAUCCCCAGCAGUGUACAAGAGUCAUCUUAAUGUAUUUUUGGGGCAGGUUCCAUCAGGAACAUCCAUUCAAAAUAUGCUGCAUUAUUCUCAGGCUGCCUGUAAAGGUAUAUUACAAGCUUAUGACUGGGGAAGUCCAUCUCUAAAUAUUCUACACUACAAUCAACCCUUUCCUCCACUGUAAGUGGAAGACAUGAAGGUUCCAACUGCAAUGUGGAGUGGUGGGCGAGAUAUUUUGGCAGAUACAAUAGAUGUUAAAAAUUUGGAACCCAAAAUCUCUAAUCUCAUUUACCAUAAGAAUAUUCCUUACCAUAAUCAUAUGGAUGUUAUAGUAGGCUUAGAUGGCCCUGAGCAGAUUUUUAGUGAAUUGAUCACAAUUAUCAAAGAAACUCAAUAG